AAAAAAAAAUGAAGCUUCUUGAGCUGGGAGACUCCAUCAGCCGCUUCAGAUUUGUUCAGUCAUGUCUGGGACUCGCAGGUUGUGUGUGUGUGCUACUCUAUCUGCACCCCACACUGGCUGAAAGACAAAAGAUGGUGGUUAAUCUCCAACAACAACAGCAGCAACCAGGAAUGGGAAGGAGAUGAGGUUCCCUUAUGUGAGGCAGAGAAAGUAUUUGGAGUCAUUUCUUUAUUGAUGGCGUUGAGCACAGCAGCUCUGUGUCUUGUGUUUGCCCUCUGCUGGACAUCGAAGACAGUGCAGUCCUACUCCAACACCCGCACUCUCCUCAUGGCUGGGCAGGCUCUCUUCCCCACCACUUUGCUGUUCCUCACCAUGGCCUGCACAGGUUUCUUCUUCCUCGUGAGCUGGUCUUUAUUCACCUAUGAGCACUGGAAGGUUAACAAUCAAGACUUCUCCAGCCUCGGUCGUUCCUACUGGUUGGGGGCUUUGGGUUGGAUCCUUCUGUUGGUGGUGGAGACAGUGGUAUUUAUUGCAGAGCAAGCUGUUGUGCCUGACAUUAUACCAGACUUAGAGAAGGCUAUGAUGUCAUGGGAGAGUGCUGCUCAAUAUGAAGCCACCAAAAGGCCUUUUAGUGAGAGUUAUACACCUGUUGACAACAAAAGCAUUUUGGCUCCUAAAAGGUUCAUGUCAGUUCCUUGAAUGUACUUUAUAAGUAAGGAUGUGGAAGAGAAUCAAUCUACCUUGGUGAAACAGCUAGAUUGAGGGCUGUCAGCUGCAGAUUGUUUUCAGUAUGGAAAUAAAUAAAAUCUAAGUACACUAAGGAACUAUAGCUAGUUUCCACACAUCUAGGCCUCAAGGCCAGGUGACCUGCUAUUUUUAGAUGUGCCCCUGGGUCAAACACCUCAAUCAAAUGGUUGAAUUAACUCCCCAGUGCAGUCAAGGUCUCCAGAGUCCUGCUAAUGACCUGAUUAUUUGACUCAGGUGUGUUAAAGAAGAGACGCAUAUAAGACCUGCAGGACACUGGCCCUCGAGGUCUGGAUUUGAGGAUCUCUGAAACUAAGGUACUACCUGUAGAAAAGACUGCAAGGUUCUGAUGUUCUGCCUGAAGCAGAUCUGGGUGUAUAUGGGCUUUUUUUUGGAAAAGAAAAAUAAAGUAAAAUAAACACUGUGUUAAAAAUUCAGUCAGUGAUGCUCCCUGAAAGUAUCACUGCUGCAAUGGACUGGAAGAACUUUAGAGAAAUGCUGUUUUGUUUAAGAACUGUAACACUUUUGUAUAAGCACUUUAAAUCUCAAGCAAAGAAUGGUGAUUUUGUUGUUUUUAAGCCAAUCAAGCUUUAAAACAAAAGCUGCUGAAAAUGUUGUUGUUUCUCCUUGUUUUGUUGUUUUAAUAAAAGAUCUCAUUUGAA